UGCUGCAUGGGCAGGUCUACCGGUUUUGCACCCCGGAGGGGACGUGGCUGCUGAAGGAGAAUUCAACCUUGCCCUGGAGAAACCUGUCUGAGUGUGAGGCCUCUGACCAGGAUGCACCAGAAGAACAGCUCCUGAAUUUGUCCAUCAUAUAUACCAUUGGAUAUGCUCUUUCCUUCUCUGCCCUUGUAAUAGCAACUGCCAUUCUGCUUGGAUUCAGACAUCUGCAUUGCACAAGGAAUUAUAUUCAUCUGAACCUCUUCACCUCUUUUAUCCUCCGGGCUAUAUCUGUCUUCAUUAAAGACUCGGUGGUGAAGUGGAUGUACAGCACAGCCACGCAAGAGCACCAGUGGGAAGGAUUUAUCUCCUUCCAGGAAUCACUCAGCUGCCGCUUGGUCUUUGUGAUGAUGCAGUAUUGUGUGGCUGCAAACUACUACUGGUUGCUGGUGGAAGGCAUGUACCUGUACACGCUGCUGGUACUUUCAGUCUUUUCUGAACAGAGAAUUUUUCGACUUUAUCUCUGCAUUGGCUGGGGUGUGCCAAUGCUGUUUGUUAUCCUCUGGGGAACUGUCAAGUACCUUUAUGAAGAUGAGGGUUGCUGGACCAGGAACUAUAACAUGAAUUACUGGCUGAUCAUCAGGCUGCCCAUUCUCAUCGCCAUUGGGGUAAAUUUCCUGAUCUUUAUCAGAGUUAUAUGCAUCAUCAUCUCCAAACUACAGGCUAAUUUGAUGUGCAAAACUGACAUAAAAUGCAGGCUGGCCAAGUCUACACUGACUCUGAUCCCACUGCUGGGGACCCAUGAGGUCAUCUUUGCCUUUAUUACUGAUGAGCAUGCCAGAGGGAUGCUGCGCUUCGUGAAGCUUUUUACUGAACUCUCUUUUGCUUCUUUCCAGGGACUGAUGGUUGCAAUUCUCUACUGUUUCAUCAAUAAUGAGGUUCAGAUGGAGUUUCGGAAAAGCUGGGAGCGCUGGAGAUUGGAACAUUUGUAUGUCCAGAGAGACAGCAGUAUGAAACCUCUGAAGUGUCCAGCCAACAGCAUCAGUAGUGGAGGCACGGUAGGCAGUAGUGUCUACGCUGCCACUUGUCAGGCCACAUUCAGCUAAGUUUUUUCUGCAGGUGAAUAAGAC